CAUUUUCUUGCGUAGGUUUUAAGAGGUACAUGUAUAAGUUGCAUCAAGUAAUAUAGUUAUAUAGGCCAUUUUCAGCAUAUGUGUAUUGACUUUCUCUAUUUCCUGGCUUGGUUCAACUUCAGAGCUGCUUAGCCAAGUCUGAACUAUACAACAAUUAAAUCAAGUGACAACAAGUAAGACAUUUUGAUGAAGAGCUUUUCAUAGCUAACUACCAACCUCUAGGAAGCAUACUAUAUCUAAAUUUUUGUGUUUGUAUUAAAAAUGUAGAAGGCCUAGGCAAAAAAAUAUGUCUCCACUCAGAACACUGUUCUAUCAAAAUAUUCCCACGCUUUUAUGAAAAAAAUUAACAAAAACACUCUUAAAAUAUAAACUAUUUUAUAAAUGGCGAAAUCUGUUGGUGUUUGAAAAGUUUUAAAUUUCUAUUUGGAAUUUUUGAAAAGCUUGCCUUUCAUAAGAAAGUCUUUUAUUUGAAAAUUUAUGCUGUAGCACAAUUUUAAGACCAGAAUUUAGUUACAUUAAAUAAUGCAAAAGUAGUUAUAGAAAAUUGUACCACAUCAUAUAAUUCAUCAUGAAUAGUGAUACCACAAUGGGCAGUUUGAUUUUUGGUAUUUUUCCAUUCAAUAAAUACAUCAGGUGAAUUUUAUCUGAACAGACAAGAUUAGAAUUAAUUUCAUAAUUAAACGCUUCAACUUUCACAGUGCAAUUUUCUUCUUGGCAUAUAUAGCUUUGUGUGUUGGUCUAAAUAGAACUGAAUUAUGUCUAAACCAAAUAAAGGGGGUAUAGAAUUGAAGACAGUUGAAUAUACAGUAGUACCACAUUUAUAAGAGUAAUAAAGCUGUAUUUCAAGCAACAGUAGGCUUUAGAGGAUUGACUCAAUCCUGAAUAUAUACAAUUCUUUAUCAGUUAGUUGUGUUAACAACAAGCAUCCAGUCCCCAGUUAAGGAUUAUUGUCACAACAAACAGGGUCAAAAAUUAUUGUGUUAUGUAAUAGUGAUGUAAACAACAACAGAUUUGUGUAAGUAAACACUUAAGGGUUAAUUUUUAUUAUUGUAUUUAUAUAAAUAACACUUGCUUUGUGGUGCAUUUGCUUUUAGUUCAAUGUAUUUACUACCUCCACCUUCUUUAAGAUACAAUGGACCAUCAGUAAUAAUCUAUAAGGAAAAACUGCAGAAACUAAAAUUUUUAUAAAUUUUAUGCCUUUUACGUCAAUGCCUGGUUUGAAUGGGUCAGAUUUGAUUGUUGAAUAAGAAGAAUUAGGUGAAGUUUGCACAUAUAGAGAGUAGGUUGUCUAGGGAGAAUUGGUUUCUCUCAUUCUAAAACAUUUCAGAGCCUCAUAUUCCCAUUAAAUGUAUCGGUAUUUUGUUGGAAAAGUAAAACAUGACCAGCCGGAGGCCUAUUAAAUAGAAUUCUAGGAAAAAUAGAAUGUAGUAGUAUGUUAUAACCAAUCAAUAUUUAUCGAUUUCUAUCAAUUGGUUACAGUAAACAAAAGUCUAAUGAACAAUCUUAAUACUAAAAUUCAAUAAGCAAAUCCAAGUUCACAAAGCCAAAUCAAAAAUGCAUUUUCUACUUACAGAAUGCAUAAGGUAUAUUGAUUAUAAUGACAAUGUCUAUAUGACACUCUUACUAUCAUAUUGUUGAAUUUUGGAUAGUCAAUUCAAAAAACAUGAAAAAAAUGAAUAAAACAUUUUUUGUGAAAUUUUCAAUAUUCUAAAACAAAUGUUUAUGAUAAAAAACAGAGAGUUGAAAGAUAUAGGAGGUAAUGCUUUACUAUAAAUUUUCAACUUUUGUUCUUAUCCUACUACAAACUGCAGAUUAUGGACAAACAUCUGCAGUAGAAACUAGUUAGUAUCAUUCUCUCUCUUUCUCUCUCCCUCCUUCUCUCAUAAUAUAUCUGUACAGUGCUGAAAGAAAUUCUUCAUAUUAUAUUUACCCUUCAACCAUCCUUGAGAGUCAGUGGUGUGAAACAUUUCUUUCGGUACUGUUUUUCAAGAUAUAAGCCUUUAAAAGAAUACAUUGUACUUAGGCACAAGGUUGAAAAAUGUAGCUUCAACAGUGAAUGGGGCAACUUGUGAAGUGAGUAGUACAUUUCCAAAUGGAGCAUUUACAUAUAACUGCGAAAAUGCUUUACAACCAAAGUCAGUUAAUAUAUUAGACUGGUCCCCUCGAUGUAUUGGCAAUAGAUGUUAUGAUAGUUGGUUUCUUGUUAAAUUUUCCAAAGAAUACAAUAUUAUUGAAAUUGGUAUUGCUCAGAGGAAUUUACCUGAUUUAUAUUACAUUUCAUCUGUUGAAAUUACAAUUGGUCAAAAAACACCAAUUUAUAAAUUAAACAAUCCUGAAAAUUAUCUUCUGCUUGAAGAAGGGAAUGGAAUUAAUUGUACCAGUUUAAAAUUUAAACCUAAAACCUUUUUUUCAAAAAAGGAAAAUUCUGGUUACAAUUCUAUUAUUGCCUAUACAUUUGACAAAGAAUCGACUGAUGAUGAGGAGGAUGAAAAAUUAGUAAAUAUAGCUGCAUUUGAAAUGGGAGCAACUUGUCAAGAGUCAAGUAGUCAUACGACUCAUAAAUGUAGUAUGGCACUUCAAAGAAAUCAGCAUGUUGGUUGGACUGCAAAUUGUGGUGGUCAGACGAAUUGUUUGAAUGAAUAUAUUAUCAUUACUUUUUCAAAACCUGCCCAACCUUUGCAUUAUUGCUACAUUAACAGGUUUUCAAAAAAACAAGAUGUGAUCUAAUGCCUUCUACUGUACUUUAUAUUUUUAUUUUAUAUACUAGACUAGACACUUACAAUUAUGUUAAGAAAUUAAGAAUUGAAUGGACAACUUCCGGUUUUGUUGAUACCCUUGAAAAUCUACCAGCUGGAUACCGCAGUAACUGCUUCAAUUAUGAACAUGAACCAACAAUUGAAUAUUCAGUUAAAGUGAUUUUUAAAGAAUUUCAUGCAGCUAAUAGUAUUGGAUUUACAUCUUUUAAAGUUUUUGCAAAACAGAUUUAUAAUAUUUAUGAUAUUCAAUUCGUGAAUGAUGUUGUCUAUCAUCUGCCUAUACAUUCUCAACCAGAGUUUAAUAUAUUCAAGUUCAGAGUUCAAGGUCGAAAUACUGGACAAUCUUCAGACUGUUCAUCAUUAAUUAUAAGUAUGAAAAAUGAAAAAACAAAACAACUUUCAAUAAAAUUGGAUACAAUUUCAAAUAACGUGGAAAAAUCUUCUAUUGAAAUUUUUGAACCAGAAUUCAAAAUGGCCGAAUUUAGUCAUUCAAACUCGUUGAUAAGUUGUCAGGUGUGGACUGAUUUUUGGUUGAAAAUAGCACCAUGUGACAUAACAUUUGGUUUAGGGAAAACGUAUGAUUUGAAUAAACUGGUUAGAAUGGAGGGAAAAGUAUCAAUGAAUAUUCAUGAGAUCUUAUUCAAAAAUGGUGUUACUGAUAUAAUUAAUCAAGUGCAAAUGACUGAUAUAGGCCAAAAUAUUAAUUUUCAAAAUGAUGAUUACAAUGAAAAUCCUGAGAAUAUGGUGGAUAACUGCAAAAGAAUAAAUUAUCCAGCAGCAUCAUUCGACUAUAAAAUAUUCAAUGGAACGGAAGGCUUCAAAAAUGAUUCAAAACUGGUACUAAGUUUUAAGAAAGAUGGAGAAUUUAAUGAUAAAAAUGCCAAUAUUUUUAUCAGCUAUAGAAUAAAAGAAAAUGGAGAGGAAGUGAUAAAUUUAUGUAACCUUGAGAAUUUUAAUCAAAACAAUUCAUAUCUGUAUUUCUAUUUCCAGUGUAAAAAUCUAAAUAACAGUUUAACUGAUGUUGUUAAAAUUCAUAUACUUUUAGAUAUUUAUCUGGAAAGCAAAGAUUUCUACUUUUGCAAAUUGUCUUUUAUUUGAGUUGUGUGAGGAGAAAAUAUUGAAAAGGUCAUUUUCAAAGUAUUAUGGGCAUCCUAAAAGUUUCAGAUGUUUCUAUCUCUUUCCUAAAUAUUUAUUAAUGUUUAUUAUUAGUCAUGGAUUCUGUGUACUUUGUUGUAUUGCAAUUGUAGGAAUUUCUGCUUUAAUUCUUUAAUUCCUGUGAAAUAAGCCUUUCUAAAGUUCUAUUGUAUCUAGAGUCUAAAUAUCAGUACAUUAUUAUUUCUAAGUGCACAUUUUGUGAAUUUAAGAUAUAAUAUCCUAAAAAAGAUUACUUGUAGAUAAUUUGUAAGAUAAGAAAGAAGUGAAAAUGAGUUGUAACUCUAUUGGUUGUGCUGUCU